ACUUGAUGCUUUGAGCCGUAUGGUGCUGCUGAUAGCAAAACAACACUGGUUGAACUAUUGGUAGAACUGUGCAUCUAUACCGCAAGCGUCGACCAUAAAACAUAUUUUACAGCUGCCGAGUCCUUAAUGAUAAAUAUGGUCAACAACGGGGUAAGCUUCUGACCAGACCGAGCUAACGUUAGCAUCCAGAAGAUGAUUGUUUUGUUUUUUUAAAGCUAGUUAGCUAACGUUAGCUGUCAGCUGACAUUCGUGCAUUGACGUUGAUGUGCCCUUUUUAUAUUGGUAACAUAUCAGUGAUUAUUCAUAUUGAAUACCCCAAAUGUUUACCAUUAAUACUUGAACAAAAAGGUUAACGUUACCGCUUUAUUGGGGCGUCUGACUGACAACAACAGCCCUGAUUGGUUACAGUCGGUGAGGUGAGCCUUCAAUCUGUGUUAAUAACGUUUCUCAGGCUUUGCAGUGUUUACAUGUUUGACUCCAUGAAAGUUAACCGAGCUCGGUAAUAAAAUGUAUGAUAAAAAUAUAUAAAGAGUGAAUUAAAUGUCUGUUUUUGGAUCGUUAUUUAGAAACUACUUCAAGCGAACCAGCUUUACAGCCUGCUAUCCUUUUGGGAACCAGGAGCAGGAGGAAAUAAUCAGAAAAAGGUUGCAUGUGAGGUAUUCACUUGGAUCUUGCGGUUUCUUCUCAUCACUUCAGAUCUAUUGCAGGCCACUUGCCAUUCAUAGCUUUUUAAGAUGCCUCCAUUCUUUGUUGGUUAUUGAAAGCAGACCACUUUCCAAACCUCUUGACAUAGCAGUUCAAUAUGUUUUCCAAUUAUAGCAUAAAUAAGUCUAUUGACAAGUCAAAGGCAGAAAUACCUGAAACGGUUGUAAAUUGUCUUCCGUGGCUGAAGUGUGGCGUUGUAUAGUUUGAGGUAACCCCGAUGAAGACAUCAGAGACAUAGAAGACGACGACGUUUUAAGAGAAAGUGAAUUAUAACCAGAUUAAAAGAUGUGUUUACUGGUUAGCAGUGGCACAACUGGGAUCUGUAUAGUAUCACACGCUGUACAAUAACAAUGCAAACACAUAAGGUAUGUGGCUGCCAUUUUUCUGCCUCCGUACUUCAAUUCAUAAGCACAAGCCAAGAGAAACGAACCAACCUCUCAGUGUGACUGUGAUGUAUUUUCUCUUUUUCAGAUGUAGCUGAUGAAAUGGAGUAUGAUGAGAAACUUGCACUUUUCCGCCAAACCCGCCUCAAUCCUUUUGAUCGUGGAGAGGAAGAAGAUGGUCCCCAAGGAGGCAAGACCCCCCCACUGCACGCAAGGCCUGAGCUGUUCCCUGGGACCAGAACUCACAGUUCAGACCGAACCAUGGACCUGGGUCUAGCUGAGGACCACUUCUCAAGGCCUAUGGGUUCGAUUGUGGCUCCUGACAUUGAACAGCUGAAAAUGGCCAUAGAGGAGUGUAAAAAGCUGAUUUUGGAGCUGCCAGAGCACUCCGAGAGACAAAAGGACACUGUGGUGAAACUCAUCCACCUUCGUCUCAAACUACAGGAGCUUAAGGACCCCGAGGAGGAUGAGCCUAAUCUGAGAAUCCUACUGGAGCACCGCUUUACCAAGGAAAAGAGCAAGAGUGUGAAACAGACCUGUGACAAGUGUAGUGCUAUCAUCUGGGGCCUGAUCCAGACUUGGUAUACCUGCACAGGUUGCUAUUAUCGUUGCCAUAGUAAGUGUAUGAUCUUGAUCACCAAGCCCUGUGUCAAGUCAAAAGUCAGCCACCAGUCGGCGUACGAGCUCAGCAUCUGCCCUGAGAUAGGACUAGACCGACAAGACUACCGCUGUGCAGAAUGUCGCACACCUAUUUCACUAAGGGGCGUGCCGACUGAAGCCAGACAGUGUGACUACACAGGCCAGUAUUACUGCAGCACAUGCCACUGGAAUGACACCGCCAUCGUCCCAGCCCGUGUCAUCCACAACUGGGAGUUUGAAUCACGCAAGGUUUGUCGCUCCUCAAUGCGCUACCUGACCCUGAUGAUCUCACGACCUGUGCUGAAGCUAAAAGAAAUCAACCCGCUGCUAUUCAACUUUGUGGAGGAACUGGUCGAGAUCAGGAAACUCCGUCAGGAUAUUCUGUUGAUGAAACCCUAUUUUAUUACCUGUAAGGAGGCCAUGGAGGCUCGGCUAUUACUACAGCUUCAAGAGCGACAGCACUUUGUGGAGAACGACGACAUGUACUCACUACAGGAUUUGAUUGACAUCUCCAGUGGCAGACUCAGCUGUUCCCUCACUGAGAUCCACACCACCUUUGCUAAGCACAUCAAACUAGACUGUGAGCGUUGUCAGGCCAAAGGAUUUGUGUGUGAGCUGUGUAAGGAAGGAGACAUACUGUUCCCUUUUGACAGUCAUACCUCAGUCUGCUACGACUGCUCUGCUGUCUUCCACAGAGAUUGUUACUAUGAUAACUCUACGACUUGUCCGCGAUGUGCACGAAUGACUGAACGCAAGCAGGACGAGGAGCCAGUCGUGAGAGUUGCAUAAGUCUGGAGAGGACCACAUGAAGCGACUGGAAAGUUGAACUUUGACUCAUGUUGUGCUCUCCUCGAACAAGGAAGUCUAACGAAAGACUAGCUUUUAGUUUUUGUCCUUGGUUGUGUUUUGUGCAUAUGUUUCUAUACUGUAGUGUCUGUAGCUUCAUGUGUGCCAUACAAUGAAGCAGGGUACUUAUCAACCCAUCUGGAAAUUAAUAUAUAAAUUAUAUAAUUUUUUUACCCAACUUUUUAAUUCAUCCUGAAAUUGGAUGUGUUGCACACUGUGUACGUGUGUUUGUGUGAGUGAGCCGCAUUAGUGUGUGUGUCUGCUUGUUUAAACGACAAAAUGAAAGCCCUAUAGAGAAAAGUCACCUCAUCAGACGGCGAUUAUGCAUGCUGGAGUUGUCGUAUAUUAAACCUUGACUGCAUUAACCUACACUGCCAAUUUGACUUAACUUUAAGGUUGCCAUAUAGAAAGAAUAGUUUUGAAUUUCAAUGACUCCAGAUUCCAAAGACUAAAAUUGCCUUUCAGCUUCCAGUUUUUAUUUUAAUAACAAUAUCUUGUGAACAUGCUUUUGAAAGUUGUGCACUGAGCCGUCAUUUCCAAGCAUCAGUUUAAGAGGGUAUUUCGUUUAGUAUCGCACAUUAAGAAAUGCGUUAACUAGUUUACAAUAAGGAAUCAAAUACAUAUGUUAGACUUUGAUGUUUACUCAUAAUCCAUCAUCAAUCCCAACACUGUUGCUCUUACAAGUACUGCUCCUGAAGCAGUCCACACUCGUUAGACACUAUUUUAAUGUCGGUCAUAAUUCAGCUCAUAUGUUUGGUCUUGAGAAAAUAUUUCCAUAUUUUACAGCAAUAUUUCUUUUCGGCAUAAACCUACGUUGAGUUUGUUUGCUGUCAAUUCGUCAACCUGGAUAAUGGAAGAAAAAUGAUAUUGCUUGCAAGUUUUUUGACAAGAAAGAUGGUAUCUAUACAAUCAUUAAAACCAUUAUUUGAAAUAUAAAUACAUAGUAUUGGCAACAGAAAUAUAAGCAAAGCAUGCAUCACCGGUACAUAUUCUUGUAAGGAGAAUUGUUUAACUGAAAAAGAAUAUUGAAGUUAAAUGUGCUUUCCUUUAAUUCAAAACUGUGAACUCAUUUUAGACAGUUUGAUCUGUGUUUGAUCUGGUUCAGUUUAGUGCAGUGUGGAGCAAAUAGAUGUGAAUACUCAUGAACAUUGCGUGCCUAAGAUAGUCAGGUUACAUACAGCUGUUAUCCAAACGUCUUAAUCCACUUGGCAUCAUGUUAAUGGUUUCAGUCUUAAUGUAAAGCACAUGUUGUCCAGAAAUGACAAAGGUGUUAAGUGACACCUUUGGUAAUGUGUAAAUGUUGACUUGAAGUAUUUCUUUUAAGCUAAUGAAUUUUGUCUGUUAUCGUUCAGCAUGAUGUACUGUAUUUUGUUUUUCAAACUGAGGUACAUGCAUGGUGUUGGCAAAAGCCAUGCCCUGUUGUAAAAUGUGGAGUAGUGCAUGAAUACAGUUAUUAAAUAUAUUAAAACUGCAGUGGUUGUUCAUGGAUGAGUUAUGACAUAAUUGGUCCCAUUUGCACAGAUGUGUAGAAAUCUACAAACUAGCAGCUUCAAAAUGAUAAUAACAAUAAAUGUUUGGUCAUGCACAUACACUGUCACUGCUACGUCCCUUGUCUUGACUGAGCCAAAAAAGUGUCAUAAAAAUGUCAUAAUUAUGAAUGUCAUAAAAAGUCAAAGUGUAGUAUCGCUAAGGCACAUGCUUCAUGUAUAUCAAGAAGUAGGUAAUCGCUCAACUGUUUUAAUCCCGACUGGAACAAGGCGAGAAUAAUCACACACACACACACACGCGUCUGAAUGUGUGUUAUGAAUAUGUUAUGACAGAUUUAUGAUGUUUUAUAACAUACCACAUUAUGUUUUCAUGACGUAUUAUACUAUGACAUUUUAAUUCUUUUUUUAUAACAAAUUAUGCUGAGAUACUGUUACCAUUUGUGAUGUCAUAACAUGUUAUGACAUUUUUAUAAUUUUUAAUAUAAAAGGCCAUAUUCCUUCUCCCAAUAAUCUUUACAUUUUGCCUUGCAUCAUUCAAGUACAUUUCACCACUGAGUCGUUUGUUUAUUCACCACAAACAUCCAAAGAUGUAAGCACAUCUUCUUUCAUAACACCCACCAACUGGUGGAGGGAAUGAGGGUGACCGCUGUUAUGGUGUGGCACUUGUGCAACUUCAAAUUUGUAUUGUGUUAAUGGGGUGCAAUAAUCCCUUUUUGAAAACGUGUGUAGUCUGUAAUCUGUAAUAUGAAAAACUGGAUGACGACAUAAAUCAGUAUACUGAUUUAAAAAAAAAAAAAUCUUUAGUCAAACAGAGCCUUUGUACAGAUUGGCCUAGAUUAGAUUAGAAAACAAAAGUAGAGUACAGCAAUAAA